AAGCUUUCCUUGGGCAGGGCUAACUAAAUGACGACGCGCACCAGCAGACCACUCUCGAGUUGCAGUCUGGACGGAAUUUUGUGAAAUUUGUCAGUUUUCUGAAAUAGUUUGUGCCUUUCGUUCCUUCCCCUAUCAUACAGGCAUUAGUCGAUUCCAAGAAGUGUGCAAUUGACAACUCCAUGUUGUUUUCAGUGUGUGUCGACGGUUGGUGUAGCAUGGCCACUUGAUCCCGAACGCAACCUUCGAUCGCUGACAUUUGGUGCUCAAACAUACUUUGUUUUCUACAGCCACAGCAAAGAGUGAGACUGUUAAGCAAAACAUAACCGAAUCCGAGCAUUUGAACGAGUUAUCAGUGCUGAAAUUGUCGAAUCAGUUUCCAUCAGUUUCCACUUUGCAUUGGAACAAUAUCGCUAGCAAGUUGUAUAGACAAUAAUAAAUAAAUAAAUAAAGUACAUAAAAUGGUUGGUGGUAGUGGAAUUGAUGGUGAAUCCGUUGCAGGAAUGAGACUGGAAGAGUCUGUGGCAUCUUUAACGGUUAGCUCUAUACCUGGAUUGUUGACAUUAUGCCCAUCUAGGGCAGAAGUGUUGGUAGCUCGAGAACCACUCCAUCAAUUGUACACAGUGGAGAACCAGCCAUUUGCAAGGGGGAAAUUUGCUGCUGUGAAGCGAUGCCGGAAUAUCUUAACGGGAGAACAAUUUGCUGCCAAGGUCAUACGAAAAAGACGUCGAGGUGGCGGAUUGACACCUGAGUCCUUGCAUGAAGCAGCAACCUUGGACUUGUGCCGCUCGUGUCCACACAUUGUUCGGCUAGAACAAGUGUACGACACACCCGGAGAGACUGUCCUCAUUUUACAAUUAGCUACGGGAGGAGAACUGCAAAGUGUGCUAGAUCGCGACGAAAUACCGGAAGAAAAAGAUGUUAUCCGAUUCCUUCGUCAAGUUUUGAGUGGAUUGUUAUUUCUUCAUCAAUACGAUAUAGCGCAUUUGGAUUUGAAGCCGCAAAAUUUACUAUUAACCGGACCAUUCCCUGAUUGUGAUAUAAAACUGUGUGACUUCGGCAUCGCGAGGCAUAUCGCCCGUGGAGCGGAUGUUCGCGAAAUUCUAGGAACUCCUGACUAUGUUGCUCCGGAAAUAUUGAACUAUGAACCUAUCAGCUUGGCAACAGAUAUGUGGUCAGUUGGUGUUUUGGCAUAUGUAUUGCUCACCGGUUGCACGCCAUUUGGCGGCGAAACCAAGCAGGAAACCUUCUGUAAUAUCACGCGAUGCCAACUGGAUUUUCCAAGUGAUCUUUUCGAUGAUGUUUCUGCAACGGCCAUUGAUUUCAUUUCCAGUCUUCUCACCCAGGAUCCCAGUAUCCGGCUGACCGCCCAAAGAUGCCUUGAUCAUCCUUGGUUACGCGUCGGCUCUUCCAUCGAUAAAAUCCCGUCGUUUCUCCAGUUUUGCGAAGAUUCAUCUACACUAUCUUGUAACAGCACCAUCGUUCCUGAUGACGAGGAUCUCGGAGACGAUCAAACGGAUGCGGGUAGCGUGUUCCAAGACACAUUAGACGAAACGGUUGUGGAUGGCCAAUCGGAUCCCCUAGCCGGAGUUGGUUCUCCCGCUAAUGCAGUGCCUUUGGCUACGGCCUCCACACAGCUAGUCGCUUUUCCCACACGUACUGAUAUAAAUAAGCCGCAACUUUGCGCAGUGUCCGAGGACUCGUGUUUCACUAGUUACCCCAUUAGUCGACGAGGGAAUUCCUUACCAUUCCGUUUGCGGGCGCCAACGAACCGUAGAGAAACGUCGUGCGACCGGACUAGCGAUUUAGGUUACGGCAGUGACGGGGUCAGCGAAAUCUCUUCGGCUGAUUCCUCGAGUGACCGUUCCAGCAUCAUAUCGUUGGACGACACACCAUCGGAGUGGACUCAACCUGCAUUACGUCGAUAUUCCGAUACUUCGCAUGCAGCUCAACGUCUAUGGCGCCGAACGUGGGAACGUUUCCUUCCCGCCACGGCAGGAACAUGUGCUGGUCUCCCUCGGCAUCUAUUUAGUCAAGACUGCGAACAUCAUGCUGCGUCGAACGAUCAAGAAGCCGCAAAUUAUCGACCUUGGGAGAGAGUGUGCACGGGCAGCCGCGCUCGUGCGUUGGAGCGUUUUAAUACUUCACCUCCAAGUAGCACAGUGGAUCUUUCUAAAUCGUUACAUUCGCUAUCGUCAUCACUGCCUGUCCGACCUGCAAUAAAGGUGCCCGAAGUUCGAACCCGGUUGCUGAAAGGGCCCACCUGUACUGUCAAAUCCUCGCCUUUGCCGACCAAAGCCUCUCUUGUUCAUUUAGACAAAGCAGAGACUGUCAGAUCUCGCGUGGUCAAGUUUCAGUCGGUUACCAACAGUCCUACCACGUCUUAGAACUUUAGCGUAACUGUUUGCCAUGGCAAUCAAGAAUUUCCUCCCGUUUUCCAUAACCGUGCGCCCUGCCCUCGUCGUCAUAACUAAGUCGGCCAGAACUCACCUAGCUUUAAUGGAUCUAAGCAAGAAAGAAGUUCACAUCUAUUUCAUUACUUUUUCCCUCUUUGCUUUAUUUAAUUCCAAACUUCGUCAACAAUGUCGUAGGUAACCCCCUCACCGAAAAAAAAAAAUGUUUAACUAGUCACUCUUGCACUAGAGGCAUUCAUACAUUGUCGCACACGUCCUGCUAUUGUUGAACAGAACGCUUCUCCAUUCCCGUUUUGUAUUAUCCGCCUCCCGUCUAGGCCGUAGACAUAUUUCUUAAUAUAAUAACUAACGACAGUGCCUGUAAACAAAUUGAUUUUGCUUUGUGUGUCAAGAAAGAUGAAAAUGCCGUGGUGAGAACCAAGUCGCAAGUUGACGUUGCAAAAAAAGUUGUUCAGUUCUACAUUCUGGAUUCCCGUGCUUCAAGUUAUUUGCGCGUCACUUUCGGCGAUUUGUACAAGAGCCCGAGUCACCCAGUAUCAUUCCGACUUGUAGAUAACUUCAAAAGCUUUGCCUUUUAAAGGUCUUAAAUCUAAAUUACUUUUCGGUUACCUAAACGGAAAGUACCCGAUUGCCCAGCAUUUUGCUCAGCCAUAAAUAAAGUUUCCCCGGAUAUCUAAUUUUCAAUCUGAAAAGUCGCCGCUUACGGCCGCGUAACUUAAUUUUGGAAACGCAGGUUACGCAAAGUGAGGUAACCGUUCAUCACCAAUGCUGGGAAGGCCCAGUAAAUGUGUGGUAUUUUGUUGGUUGAAAUGAAGUCGAGCAAUACAUUGUAAUUCGCACCCGGA